AUGAUACUGAUCCGGCGACUCUGGCUGUUGCCAGCAUUCUUCCUGGCCGGUCUACUCUACUACAUUUACCUCUACCCCAGCGAUCCCACCGCCGUCCCCUUCCCUCCCUCGGGUCACAAGACCACCCUACACUGGACCAAGCGUCCCGAGCGAUAUCCUCCUGCAGGUUAUCGAGAACUCCCCACGGGCCCUCUCGAACGAAUCCCCGAGAUCCAGUUCGACUUCGCAUCGCACCCCGAAUCCGCGGAGGCGAAGAAAAUCCGAGACCAGAGAAGAGCUGCGGUCAAAGAAGCAUUCGUGCACGCCUGGAGUGGGUACAAGAAGUAUGCCUGGGGGCAAGAUGAAGUUGCGCCGCUUAGCGGUGCGUUUCGCUCCAGUUUCGGCGGCUGGGGGGCGACUCUCGUCGACUCCAUGGACACGCUCCUCCUCAUGGGGCUGAAGGAUGACUUUGACCUCUGCGUCGAGCAAGUCAAACACAUCGAUUUCACUACCAAUGACGUUGAGACAUUGAAUGUCUUUGAGACCACGAUCCGCUACCUCGGUGGCCUCCUGGCCGCAUAUGACCUCACGGACGGGAAGUACGGAAUGCUGCUCGACAAAUCUCGGGAACUGGGCGAGAUGCUCUACUCGGCCUUUGACACGCCCACCCACAUGCCCAUGACGCGGUGGACCUGGAAGAAGACGGCCCUCGGCGGUGAGAUUGAGCCCGCGACCCACACGCUGCUCGCGGAAAUCGGGAGCUUGACGGUCGAGUUUACACGGUUGAGCCAGCUGACCGGCGACAUGAAGUACUUCGACGCCGUCCAGCGGAUCGCCGAGGAGAUGGAAUGGGCUCAGAACACCACCCGCAUCCCGGGCCUGUGGCCGACCAUCGUCAAUGCCAAGGAGAUUACGUGGAACUACAACCAUUUUACAAUGGGCGGGAUGGCCGAUUCAACCUAUGAAUAUCUGCCGAAGCAGUACUUGAUGCUUGGAGGCCGCGACCAGAAAUUCAAGCACAUGUAUGAAGAGGCCAUUGACACGGCAAAGAGGCACCUCUUCUUCCGCCCCUUGGUGCCAGGGGGUGACGAUAUCCUUUUCAGCGGCAACGCAGCCUUGACUGCUCUGGAGACGAUCCCCAUUGCCAACAUUGAGCCGCAGGGCCAACACCUGGCUUGCUUCGUGAGCGGCAUGGUCGGCAUCGGUGCCAAAAUCUUCUCCCGGCCUGACGAAUUGGACGUUGCUCGUCGGUUGGUCGAUGGCUGUGUCUGGGCGUAUAAUGCAAUGCCGUCAGGCCUCAUGCCCGAAACCUUCCACAUGGUAGCAUGCCAGGUCGGCACGAUUGAUGCACCGCCCGGAAAAUGUGACUGGACUGACGACAAGUGGUACGAGGGCGUGUCUCGGAAACAUGCCGCGAGCCAGGACACCGCCAGUAUGAGCGCUGUCGAGCGCGGCAAGAAAUUGGUCCAGCAGCGUCGCCUGUUCCCGGGGUUCACCGACCACGGCGACAACCGAUACAUUCUCCGUCCGGAAGCCAUCGAGUCCGUGUUUAUCAUGUACCGCAUUACGGGAGACCCACGAUACCAAGACAUUGCGUGGAAAAUGUUCCAGUCCAUCCAGAAAGCCACGAGAACACCCAUUGCCCACGCGGCCAUCCACGAUGUGCGGCAGGCACAGCCCGGGCAAAGUGACCGCAUGGAAAGCUUCUGGCUCGCCGAGACGCUGAAGUACUUUUACCUGGUGUUCAGCGAACCCACGGUGGUGAACUUGGAUGAAUGGGUCCUCAACACCGAGGCGCACCCGUUGAAGAGGCCGACGACGUGA